UUAUCCUUUUUCUUUCCCUUCCCCACGCUACCCUCUGCUAACAUCUGGUAUCAGUCUAGGCUUCCUGGAUCUGUCGUGCGCCAUCCCGCAGUGUCCCCGUUCGUCCACUAUGUAGUCAUCCGACGCCAUCGUUCGCAAGGUGCUCGAUGCAAUGCACCUGAUGGAAGUCCACCUUACCGAGAAGAUUGUCGGUCGCUGUGACAUCGCCGAGCGUCGCGUGGACGCACGAUGCAACGAGCUCCACAGCCGCUUCACAGCGCGUGGCUACACCAUCCAGCAGGAAGUGGAUGUGGUGGUCUAUGACGAGUCAAGCGACCACGACGGCUAUGGCGCGGCGCCCUUCGAUAUCAACGACUCUGACGAGAAGUCCAUCUUCGACGAGGGCCCCAUAUUCGACGAGGAGCAUGGUACCUUCAACGUCGACAACAUGCACUUCAACGACAUGCUUCGCGCCCACUCGUUUGAGACGUUGUGCAACCCAUCUUCCCCGGCGUGCUCACCACCAUCCGCAAGGCCGCCAACAGGGGCCCCGCGCCCGAUGAUCGUCUGCUCCAGCCCUUUGACCAGCACCACCUUCUGGGGCACGAUCGCUCAAGCGAUGUGAUGCGGGUGGUGUUGCUUGAGGGCAUCGAUGGUGCGCGGAAGCGUAUCGACUUGGCCAUGGCUUCCCUGAGAAUGGAUAAGCCCAGCAGGCCAUGACUCUCCACCGUGUAUGACAUCUCCACGGUGCUCACUGACGUGGCCCGCGUCGGCUCCAUGGUGACGAUUGUAAGCAAGCUUUCAUCUACCUCAUUUGAUGCUCAGGUGGCGUUUGAUGAAAUGCAACAAAGAGCUGAAGCGGUCAACUCUGUUGGGCCGCGGAUAUGUUCCUUCCAGCUCUAUGUUUCCAAGGACAGGAAUAUCGUACGACAACAGCAGAAGAGUCACAAGGGAGGCGAAUGUGACACAAAUGUCAUCAUGUAAAUUCAGCAAGAUUCAGUUCAGUUUUGUAUUUCCUUCCUAUUGAGCAAUUGUUGUUUCAUGCGUUGGGUUGUUCGUUGGAAACCGCCAUGGCCACUUCAACUUCGACAGAACAUCAGUAUCGAACUGCGACCAAUACCAUGGCCCUCCUUUAGAGCAUUCCAUGAAGCUACUGCCAGGUGGGGGUGUUCUAGUUUGCUCAUGCUUCCAGCAUGGAUACCUUCAGCUUAGUGCUAUUCUGGGUACCAAAGUGAGGUGCUAGGGAUAUUGUCAAGGACCACCAACAUGAUGGCUUGGUCGACUGGGAAUCCGUCAUCAGGUACUGGCCGAAUGAAGCGCUCCACAGGUCCAUUUCUGGUUGCGGCUAAGACCAUUCCUGACAA